GUAUUAAUAGCCCGUAAGGCUCCGAUGUUGCAAAACGAUGGGCGAUCAGGCUCGUGUCCCCCCUUCCUUGGUCGUCCUCGGACCAUGAUACGUACAAGUACAAUACAAUCAGAAGUGGUAAGACCAGCCCUGCCUGCCUGUGCCGUGGUGUUGGUUCGGACUGGUCUUACUUAGUUACUACCUGAACACAGCAUCCGGCGUAUGGCUUGUGUGUGUAACGAACGAACGAGGAGGUUUGUACGUCGAGGCCGCAUACUAGGGUAGUAGAGAUAAGGUUCAAGCUUGUGUAGGCAGCUCACAUCAAGAUCUGGUGUUUCCCAUACACUACUACACUACGAUCUCACGUUGUUGUGCUUGUCGAUCAGUGAUGUGCAGCACCCGCCGUUUCGGAUCGGCGUGGUGGACCUCGUUCAUCAGAUCGGCGUAUUUUCAGUUGAGAGUUGCAUAUCCCUACUCCCUACAUACACAGUAGACGUGUAAGUAGAUUUUCUUUGCCACCCGUGCCGCCCCAACAGCUGAGGAGCUAUGUCCAACUCGUAUCGUCAUAUUGUGCAGGCUUGAGUUCGUCCUGACGGAGUGGGGGAUCUUGAGGUUGGAAUCGCCCCGGCAGUGUCGUAGGUACCGUAGGUAGGUCGGGACGCACUGAGGCUGCAAACCUCGAUCGCAUGUUUCAUGGCUUGGGAUGGUCCUGGUUUGGGGUGCUGUGGUACUAUAUCGAAGGCUCAAGGCUGUGCCCUAAUGUUUAUGCCGUUUGUUGCAGUAGCAAAGGAUGCCAUCUCAGUGUGUCUCUCAAGAAAUCCCCGGAAAGGGGAAGAUCGUCAGUGGAACAGCUCAGCCCAACGGUGAAGCUUGUUCCGCCGUUCCGGGUUCUCGGCCAAUUACUUCUUGAGCAGACCGGAAUCGGCCAACUGUUCAUGCAAACAACACAAGCAAGGGCAACAACACAGCCACGUUGACGGGGAACUCCAAAAGAAAGGAGAAAGUUCGUUCCGUGGUGGAGGACAGUGCUCCAGCACCGUGGACCCAGUCCAUCAGGAUACGAGCGCACGGUGACUCGGGCCAAGUCGCAGUCCAGACGGAGCGUGAAGAGAAGCCGUCCACGGACCACGAUGUGGUGGUUGCAUUACCAUCUCAACAGGGGAACGUGCUGCCCCUGAACCUUGACCGUUCUGGGCUUUAGUGUACGUGCCGCCAAGCGAGGCCUAUGGAGUGCAACAUUUGCAAGAGUCCGGCUGUUUUCCGGCUGCGAACUAACUAUCGGUGUAUCGGUGCAUUGGUAAGGUAGGUAUGCAUCGGCUAGCCAUCACGCGAAGAAUGGGCCCAUCACUGCACCAGCGAUUAAUAUGCCCCUGGUGACAAUGCUCCUGUUCUCGUCUUGGCGGUUCCAUUGGGAUGUGAGAAAAAGGGGACAAAGAGAGCGCUUCAAUCUGAGACCUGGGGCUGGUGGGACAUGCGCUUGUGCUUGUUGAAGAGGCGACGGUUGAUGACCGUGGCGUCCAUUGGAACGUGGAACAGGCGGCGGCUGUUUGUUGGAAAGGCUGAAAAGAGGUUCCGAGGAGAGCUGAUCGACGAGGCGAAUCGCCCAGCCUCGUGGGCGGCACGCCCAAAACCCCGUUACAAGUGUACACAGGUACAAUACCGUGACGGUAAUGAUCGGUGCCGUAGUGCCGUCAGGGGCAGGACGGACUGGAC